AUGGACUUCGAUUCUGGAAAUUUAAACGGGAGCAACAAGGCACGAACUGUGGAGCUAGAGCUAGAAUUCGACUCUUCAGAGAGUGAUUCAGAGCAAGAUGACACUGAUGACCAAGAAACUGUCCCUAUGGACACCCAAAUAGCAGAAUUCAGGAAGGCGAUGCAUGAUGCUAUGGAGCUUUUUGAGGACCAGGUGGCCAAGGCGAAUGAAAAGUUUGCGGAAAGAUUCAUAGCAUCUAAUCAGAUGAAUCGUACAUUGGUGGACGAAUCUAAGCACCGUCGUAAUAUGCCGACAAUGUAUUUACAGUGA